AUGGCGAGCAGCAGCGGCUCCAAGGCCGAGCUCAUAGUCGGAGGGAAGUACAAACUGGUGCGGAAGAUCGGGUCCGGCUCCUUCCGGGACAUCUACCUGGCCAUCAACAUCACCAACGGCGAGGAGGUGGCGGUGAAGCUGGAGUCUCAGAAGGCCCGGCACCCGCAGCUGCUGUACGAGAGCAAACUCUACAGGAUCCUGCAGGGCGGGGUGGGCAUCCCCCACAUCCGGUGGUACGGGCAGGAGAAGGACUACAGGGUGCUGGUCAUGGACCUGCUGGGGCCCAGCCUGGAAGACCUCUUCAAUUUCUGUUCGAGAAGGUUCACCAUGAAAACGGUCCUGAUGCUGGCGGACCAGAUGAUCAGUAGCAUUGAAUAUGUGCAUACAAAGAACUUUAUACACAGAGACAUUAAACCAGAUAACUUCCGAAUGGGCAUCGGGCGUCACUGUAAUAAGUUAUUCCUUAUCGAUUUUGGUUUGGCCAAAAAGUACAGAGACAACAGGACAAGGCAACACACACCAUGCAGAGAAGAUAAAGAUCUCACUGGCACGGCCCGCUAUGCUAACAUCAAUGCACAUCUUGGCAUUGAACAGAGCCGCCGGGACGACAUGGAAUCCUUAGGGUAUGUUUUGAUGUAUUUUAAUAGAACCAGCCUGCCAUGGCAAGGAUUAAAGGCUGCCACAAAGAAACAAAAAUACGAAAAAAUUAGUGAGAAGAAGAUGUCCACUCCUGUGGAAGUUUUGUGUAAGGGCUUUCCUGCAGAAUUUGCCAUGUACUUAAACUAUUGCCGUGGGCUGCGCUUCGAGGAAGCCCCGGAUUACAUGUACCUGAGGCAGCUCUUCCACAUGCUUUUCAGAACCCUGAACCACCAGUAUGACUACACAUUUGAUUGGACGAUGUGA